AUGGGAGGUCAGUCCAUGCUGACUCUUGCCAUCCUCUCUGUGCUGCUUUGCCAUUGCCAGGUGCGGUGCUCCGGGGUGUUCGAGCUGAAGCUGCAGGAGUUUGUCAAUAAGAAGGGGCUGCUGGGGAAUCGCAACUGCUGCCGCGCGGGGAGCGGCGGCCCCGGCGCCGGGUUGCAGCAGUGCGACUGCAAGACCUUCUUCCGCGUGUGCCUCAAGCACUAUCAGGCCAGCGUGUCCCCCGAGCCGCCCUGCACCUACGGCAGCGCCAUCACCCCGGUGCUGGGAGCCAACUCCUUCAGCGUGCCCGACAGCGCCGGCGGCGCCGAGCCCGCCUUCAGCAACCCCAUCCGCUUCCCCUUCGGCUUCACCUGGCCCGGCACUUUCUCUCUCAUCAUUGAAGCUCUUCAUACAGAUUCUCCCGAUGACCUCAACACAGAGAACCCAGAGCGCCUUAUCAGUCGGCUGGCCACACAGAGGCAUUUGACAGUGGGGGAGGAGUGGUCCCAGGACCUGCACAGCAGUGGCCGCACUGACCUCAAGUACUCCUACCGCUUUGUGUGUGAUGAACACUACUAUGGAGAGGGCUGCUCUGUCUUCUGCCGGCCCAGGGAUGAUGCCUUUGGCCACUUCACUUGCGGAGAGCGUGGAGAGAAGGUCUGCAACCCAGGCUGGAAGGGACAGUACUGCACCGAACCAAUUUGCUUGCCUGGAUGUGAUGAACAACAUGGGUUUUGUGACAAACCUGGAGAAUGCAAAUGUAGGGUUGGGUGGCAAGGGCGUUAUUGUGAUGAGUGCAUCCGAUACCCAGGUUGCCUUCAUGGUACCUGUCAACAACCAUGGCAAUGCAACUGUCAGGAAGGCUGGGGUGGCCUUUUCUGUAACCAAGAUCUUAAUUACUGUACCCAUCAUAAGCCUUGCAAGAAUGGUGCCACUUGCACCAAUACUGGCCAGGGAAGCUACACUUGUUCUUGCCGUCCUGGGUACACUGGUUCCAACUGUGAGAUUGAAAUCAAUGAAUGUGAUGCCAACCCCUGCAAGAAUGGUGGAAGCUGCACCGAUCUUGAAAACAGCUAUUCCUGUACCUGUCCACCUGGCUUCUAUGGUAAAAACUGUGAGCUGAGUGCUAUGACUUGUGCUGAUGGCCCAUGCUUCAAUGGAGGGCGAUGCACAGACAACCCUGAUGGUGGAUACAGCUGUCGCUGCCCAUUGGGUUACUCUGGGUUUAACUGUGAAAAGAAAAUUGAUUAUUGCAGCUCCAGUCCUUGUGCUAAUGGAGCCCAGUGUGUUGAUCUUGGAAAUUCCUACAUAUGCCAAUGCCAGGCUGGUUUUACUGGAAGACACUGUGAUGAUAAUUUGGAUGACUGUGCCUCCUUUCCUUGUUUGAAUGGUGGAACCUGCCAAGAUGGAAUUAAUGACUAUUCUUGCACCUGCCCCCCAGGAUACAAUGGAAAGAACUGUAGUGCUCCAGUCAGCAAAUGUGAACACAACCCUUGUCACAAUGGGGCUACUUGCCAUGAAAGAAACAACCGUUAUGUGUGUGAGUGUGCUCGGGGAUAUGGUGGACUCAACUGCCAGUUUUUGCUCCCUGAACAGCCUCAGGGACCUGUAAUUGUUGACUUCACUGAGAAGUACACUGAAGGUCAGAAUGCACAGUUUCCUUGGAUUGCAGUAUGUGCUGGGAUUAUCCUGGUCCUGAUGCUAUUGCUGGGGUGCGCUGCUAUUGUUGUCUGUGUCAGACUCAAAAUGCAAAAGAGGCACCAUCAGCCUGAUGCAUGCAGGAGUGAAACAGAGACCAUGAACAACUUGGCCAACUGCCAACGUGAAAAGGACAUUUCAAUAAGUGUCAUUGGUGCCACUCAGAUUAAAAACACAAAUAAGAAAGUAGACUUUCACAGUGAUAACUCUGAUAAAAAUGGCUACAAAGUUAGAUACCCAUCAGUGGAUUACAAUUUGGUGCAUGAACUUAAGAAUGAGGACUCUGUUAAAGAGGAACACAGCAAAUGCGAAGCCAAGUGUGAAACAUACGAUUCAGAGGCAGAGGAGAAAAGUGCAGUACCACUAAAGAGUGAUACUUCUGAAAGAAAACGACCAGAAUCAGUAUAUUCCACUUCAAAGGACACAAAGUACCAGUCGGUGUAUGUCAUAUCAGAAGAGAAAGAUGAAUGCAUCAUAGCAACUGAGACUGUGGCUGAUCAUUACUGGCCUGAUUCAAAGUCCACUGAAGACAAUGGAGAUACUCCCAUUGACUUCAAUGGGAUCGGAUCAGGCCCUAUUAGCAAAGAAGAACAUGUCCAGAACACAAAUAGUCAAUGUAUCAUUGCAAGUGGUGAUCUGUAA